AUGACAUUGAGAUUUAUAUGCAGUGGGUUGGACAAUUCUGGAAAAACUACAAUCGUUUUGAAGAUUAAUGGGGAGGACACUAGUGUCAUUAGUCCUACCCUUGGCUUCAACAUCAAAACCAUCGCCUACCAAAAGUACACUCUAAAUAUAUGGGAUGUUGGAGGCCAAAAAACAAUUCGAUCUUACUGGAGAAACUACUUUGAGCAAACAGAUGGUUUAGUUUGGGUAGUUGACAGUUCAGAUCUUAGAAGGUUGGAUGAUUGCAAAAUGGAGCUAGAUAACCUUCUAAAGGAAGAGAGACUAUCUGGAGCAUCCUUACUAAUUCUAGCAAAUAAACAAGAUAUUAAAGGUGCCCUUGCACCCGAUGAAAUAGAUAAGGGAGUGCCGGGAGCAUACAGUGAGGAUGCAGCUUUGAAAGCGUAUCCAAAUUGUGAGACUGUGCAUCCAUACAGUUUAAAGAUUAUCAAUUUGAAUAUAAAAGUUGGAAUAUUUGGUAUUGAAAUUGAAUUUUUAGAAAAUACUUCUGGUUGUGAUUUGUUUGUAUCUUAG